AUGGCCGAUCGAGCAACUAGACCUCCAGGUAGGGAGUCCAGCCGACAAGGAGCAGUAGGGUAUUAUACCUUUCGAGUCUUAUCACCACUCACGGAACCCUUAGCUAUUCAGCCAAAAGGACUACUAUACCCAGGACUCUUAAGCCUUUCGGAAGGACCAAACGACGAGAUGUCGGGCAUCUUAUUUGACUUAAACGAGCUAUUAUACGCAAGGCUAAACAAUAAGAUCACGGCUCGAGCGAUAGUAAACGACUUCUUAGAUGCGAACUUUAAGGAACACUUGCUGUCCAAAGGCGUAUGGUGCCCUCUAAAGCAAAGGGGCUACGCUAAUAGGAUGGCAACACUUUUAAGCCUCGAUUCAAAGUGGACCGAAAACCUCACGGACGACGAAGAUAAUACGCCUCAACCACCUCCACCACCCUUACGAAGUCCAAAAGGGAAGGAAAAGGAAGAGGGGGAAGAGAUUCGGAGGUUACGCGAGGAGUUUGCGAAGGAGAAGAGGGAUAUGGAGCAAAAUAUGGAGAGCCAAAAUCACCUCAGCGGCCUUCAAACCCCUUUCUCAAAGGCUACACUUAGUUUUCUGAAAAGCCUGGACCGAGUAGCAACAAAAAUAGUCUUGAGAUCAUCAUCGGACCAGACAACACUCGAGGCCACGGGAGCUACACGCCAAAAGAGGACCCCUCUCGCCAAGGACAGCGUGCAGAUUUCCGUGCCCAACCUUAGCAACCCGAAAAGGGGAUCCAGCACCCUCGAACGUACCGACAAGCUCCUUAGAUCCUUUAAUAAGCCACGUAUCGACAAGAGGGAUACUAAAGCUCUAGCGAUCUUGACGAUGACCGACGAAGGGGAAACGAAGGAGAUUAGCAAAGAGAUCGAGGCUACGGAUACGGAGGGGGUAGGAACAGGCCCUUUGGACUACCAAAGGGAUUCGGAAACGGACCUUCAAGGGACCCCGGAUUCGGAAAUGAGCUUUUUAAGGACCUUAGAAGAGGACGGACUACCGGCAACUAUAUCGGUAACCCUUUACCGAUCAGACCAUUGGCUAAGCACAACACGCUUGCAUUUGGUUAAGAAAGAGAAUCUAAGGACUUCGCUUAGCGAGUGCUUUAAGAAGCUCGCUAAGGAGCUCAAAGGCAUUCAAAGCUCUUUACGACCAGGUUUAAAGGACGAUCGAAGUCUUGCUGACAAGCUGUAUUCAGCUUGUAAAAACGUGCUAGAGACUACGAUUGCACGAAUGAACCUUGCGUUUACCUUUACCGCCGCAGUUGCCGACAUCCGCCGAGCAAUUGCAUUUGCAACUAAGACCUUCCGACCCGCUAAGGCGAAGGCUGACUCCGAUUUGGACGAGGAAUACGAAUGCUUUAUUCAAGACCGCCAAUACUUCGAAGAUACAUCUCGAGCAAGGGAGAAGUCCGUCAAAUACGGCAUCGGCUCUGCUACUUCUAUUAGAGCAGUUACCUUAGAUACUUCUUUAGGUCAAGUGGAGUUCUACGUUGUAGAAAGCGACAUGCUUGUAGAAGCUUAUUAUAGCGUCGGGCUAGUGGAACGCUAUUACGUCCUUGUGCGACGCGCCUUUGAGAUCGUUAUAAAGGAGCUUCCAAAAGCCUUAAAGGAGGACCGGCUUCAAAUGGCUAUCAAAGCCAUCAACGACAUAACUGGACUUAAUGGCCUGGUUCUUAUACUCUUCGUUUUUAAGACUUUACCGAGGCUGACGGAGCAAGAUCGACUUGCCGCGUCUACUUAA